AUGGCCGAAGUGGGCAAGCCUCGUCAGGUCCGCAUCGAGUUCCCUGAGGCUGAGCUCGACCGGCUUCAGCACAAGCUCGACGAUGCCAAGCUGCCCGACUCCGACAUCACGGGCGGCCUCGAGCCGUGGGAAUAUGGCACAGAGCUCUCCAAGCUCCGUCAAGUGCUCGCCGACUGGAAGCGAGGCAAUCCGAAUGACAACCAUCGCCAGCCCGUCGGCUCGCCCGACCAAGGCGUCAAGGCGUGGUGGCGCAAUGUCGAGGCCGAGCUCAACCGCUUUCCCCACUACAAGGUGCAGAUUGAAGGCCUCGAGAUCCACUACCAGCACUUUAAGUCGGCUGUCCCCGAUCGAGACGCAGACACGCCCGCGAUCCCGCUCAUCUUCUCGCACGGCUGGCCCGGUUGUUUCACCGAGGCCUUCCACUUUGCCUCGAAGCUCGUCGAGUCGCGCUCGCCGCGCUUCGAGGUCAUCGUGCCUAGUCUGCCCGGUUUUGGCCUCUCCCAGGGCCCGCUCAAGAAAGGAUGGACGCUGCAGGACUCGGCACGCGUCUUUGAUUCUCUCAUGACCUCGGUGCUCGGCUUCAAAUCGUACAUGGCGCAGGGCGGCGACUGGGGCUCGAUCGUCACGCGCUUCCUCGCCAACAGUCCCAACUGCAAGAUCGCGCACAUCAACUUUGCGCCCCCACAGCUGCCGUUCUGGACCAUCCCCGCGCUUGCCAUCGACCAGGCUGUCUACCCGGGUUUCGCCGCCGGAUCGCUCAAGUUGCUCGGCUACCACCCAGACGAGCUGCUCGGUAUCGAGCGCUCGCUCAAAUAUCUCGACCAAGGCAAUGGCUACAUCAAGAUCCAGGGUACCCAGCCGUCCACGAUCGGAUACGGCUUCUACGACAACCCCGUCGGCAUCCUCGCCUGGAUUAUGGAAAAGUACCAUGCCUGGUCCGACCCCAGGUGCCCGGCAUUCAACGAGUCGACCGACACCGCUUCGCCGCACUCGUACAUCACCGACCACGAAAUGCUCGUUACGGUGAUGAUCUACUACCUCACCAACUCGAUCCACACCUCCUUCCUGCCGUACAAGGAGUCGCUGCAGAUGUUCAACAAGCCAGACUGGAAGCUGUGGGAGCCUGCCAAGCACAAACCCUUUGGCUUCACCGCUUUUCCCUACGAGGCGCUUGCAGGACCACGCAGCUGGCUCAAGAAGUACCGCCUCAACUGGCAGUUCUUCAAGCGCCGCGACUACGGCGGCCACUUUGCUGCACUCGACGCACCCGACGCGCUGGUGGAAGACAUGCAGGAGUUUGCCAACCAGCACUGGCCUGGCUUCUAG